AGUCUCUCAAUCAUCAAAGUAGCUUUAGCUUUGCAAGGUAACAUCACUAACGAAAUAAAGUACAACAGUAAAGUGAUUUACCAUUUGAUUUUUUUUACUUUUUUCCAUUUCUUAGUAAAUUGUUUACCUGUUUGAAAUUUUGUUUAUUCUCUGUGUGUGUGAUUUACCUGUGUUCAAAUACCAAUGGAAUUAAUUAGACAUUUUUUACUUUUUCUCAACAAAUUUCUUCUUGUCUACCUGACAUAUCAAAUCACUGGAUAUUCAUGUACCUGUUACUUUCCCAUAGAGUAUCAAGGUACAUUUAUGAUGCAACCAUCGCCAUCAUCAGCAUUAUCUUCAGGUUCACCAACAUCUCCAUCGUCAUCGUCGUCAUCAUCAUCAUCUCUUUCUCGACCUUCAUCUCUACCAUCAAUUGUGCCCCAAAAACAACAACAAGGAUCAACCUCGAGUUCCUCAGGUUCAGUUUUCGGAGAAGUGACUUACUCCGAGUUAACCAUUGAAUCGGACGCUAUUCCACCAUGGGGAUCAUGUCAUAAAAGAGAAGGAGCCAAUGUUAUCCUUAAAGAUGGAACUGAAAAUUGUAUGAGAUGUUUUCACUUUUCUCUGAAAACAUCGAAUAUCCUUCAAAUCCAUUCUGCUGGAUUAGAAUUGUGUUUCACCACCGAAGAAGCAGCAAGAGCAACAUGUCCCACCGAUAAAACAAUUAAAGAAAAUAAAUCGACAAAUCAAUUUGUUUUAUAUCGUAAAGAAGUGAAUGAAUCAAUUAAUCAAUCGAUUGAUAAAGUUUUCUGUCCAAUUAAUGGUCGAUAUAAAUUCACUUAUACAACAAACAAUGGACGAAAUCAAUGUAACUCAUUACCAUCGGAUUUAUCUAAUUGUCCAAAAGGAAAUAUACUCUCAGCCCAUUUCCGUAGAUGUCAAUCUAUUCCCGAUCAAGUAAUACAAUUCCAAUGCUUAGGCGAUUGGGACAAUCCCAUAGUGGGAGGCGAUCGUUAUAUCGCUCUGAUGGACCUUUCAGAACCCAAAAAUCGACCUAAAUAUCGAUGUGGUUUGUAUCGGGAAAAUGUGACCACUGGUCAAGUUUAUGUCUCUCUAUCAUCUGAUUCAACCUGUCUUACCAAUCUAAUUAACGCUAAAUCGGGUUACGAGACAUUUACAUUAACUCCAAUAAUUCCUGAGAAAGUUAAUAGCCGAUCUUAUUUGCUCUCGGAUAGUGUUAAAUGCCGCUUUCCCGAGUGGACUCAAGGUAAAUGGGAACGGGCUCGUGUUGAGGGCAAUCAAUUUAAAUUCAAAGAUGUGGUCAACAAUUACCGGACAUUAGCAUCUAAAUGUAUCAUGAGACAAACCAAUACACCCAACGAUAGAUUCAUUGUCCAUUCAACUUCCCAAUGUGGUGAUUCAUUUUAUACCUGCGUUUGGAUGAAACGUCGAUCAACAAAUAUACUCGAAUUUCAAUUUGGUUCUAAAUCAAGUUCUAACUUUUUGGGAAAUUUAUGUGAUGAUCAACAUUUCACUUCCAAGAACUGGAUUACCCAAGGACGUAAAAUCGUUUCCACACAAACUCCAUGUCCAAUUACCGGUGAUUAUACUGGUGUUGUUCCUGUAGCAUCUCCUGGUGAAUCUGGAUUUUGUGCCAAAGUUUCAUCUGAUUGUAAUAAUCCUGAUAUAAUGUUCCAUUCAGUUUCAAGCUGUGAGAAUCGAUCUCAUGUUUUUGAAGAACGUGAAUAUCGAUGCCUUGGUAAUUGGGAAGAAGAUGGAAUCCUUUAUACCUUCACUCAACGUAGAGAUACAACUGGUUAUCAAUGUUUCGCUGGUAAAAUCAUGGACAAUGGGGAAGUUGCUUAUAUAAGGGAAGCCGGAGAAAAUUGUAUUCGAGGUGAUGAUCCAACCACCAUUGGAAUGAAAAUAAUCAAACAAGCUGCCUGUCCUCGAGGUGUUCCUCAGGUACCUUCGUACAUUGUGAAUAGACCCACUUGGCAAUCGAGACCUGAUAAAUUGUCACCUUCCGUUUAUCACAAACCUUCAAUUCCACCGGUGGUGAAAACUUUAUCAACUAAACCAAUUUCCGCUCUACCUCAAUAUAUCCCUCGUCCCUCACCCGCCAUGUUGGGCUACGGUGACACUAAUCCCCACUGGUACCAAGCUGAUACACCGGCUAAGAAAAAUCCUAAACCCGCUUCAAUUAUUCCAUUCAGACAUACAAAGAUGAGACGAAAUUCUGGUUCAUCAAUUGUUCCGAUGAUUUGGUUAAUUAUCCCUUUAAUCUUAAUCAAUCGCUUAUUUGGAUUAACAUCUUAAUCAGAUUAACAGGAUUGAUUAGACGGUGUUGAUCCUGUUUAAAUUGUUAUCAUCGUUAUUAUUUUCAACUACUAAAAGAUGACAACAAUUAGUCAAAAAUUAAACUGAUCUUCAAUAUUUUAAGACGAAAAGGAAUUAAUCACUGAUUAACCAACUAGAUUAAUAAAUCUACCUGAUUUUAAUUUAAUCACAAGUGGAAUCCUUAAAGUCACAAUUUGUAAAUUGUAAUAUAAAACCAGAGCCACAAUCCUAGUCAAAGUAUAACAAUAAUUAACCAACUAUUUUUACUGAUCAAAUCUAAUUAGUCUUAUAUAAUUAUGGAAACAAUUACGGAGUAACUGCCAUGAUUAAUUGAAUUAAUCACGAUUUAAUUGUAAACCCAAACAAUUGACUGAUUCAUUUCUACAAGUUAAUUAAUACUUUUAAUAGUAUUAAAAUCAAAUGCUGGUGGAUUUAAUUAGAGCUCCAAAAACUAAUACCGAGAAAAUUAAAUUAAUUGCUUGAGUUAAUUUGUUUUGAUCUUCUAAUUGUGAUCAACUGGACAAUCCAAUCAAAAACACUGGACAAAUUGGUCAUCAAUUGUUUUUAAUUAAACCACAAUUACAAUUACUGUAAAUAUAUAUUGAUGUAGAUAUGUAAUUAAAUUAGUUUAAUUGUCAAUCAAUUGGCAAAUUAAUUUUGUAAAAUCACAACAAUUAUAUGAACAAUUUGAUUUAUAUACUUGAAUAAUUAAUUGUGAUUCCAAUAAACAAUUAUAUUAAAAAAUUGA